AUGAAAAAAAAGGAAAUUUUAUGUCUCGGAGGUGGUUAUUACGUGUUCCUGUUAGGAGAAUCAAUGCUGGUAUAUCGUGUGUUCCGUAAUGAGCGUAAAAAGUUCAGUAAAACCCUGCAUGUCUGUCUACAUUCAAUGGUGUUGGUGUUCAUGAUCAUAGCCCUCAAAGCUGUAUGGGAUUCACACGAUCUUCAUAGAGAUGCGUUAGGUAUUGUUAUGGUUAUUUCAACUAUUUGUUCACUUUUCCUGCGAAACGUCAGCAUUAUUUUCCUACGAAGUUCUUUGCAAUGA